AUGCGCCUGAGCAUUGCUACUGUCGUGGGCCUCGCCAUCGCCCCCGCGUUAGCCCACUGCCCUUAUGCCCGAGAUGCAGGUACAGAGGGUGACAAUGCUAAUCUCCAUCCUCACGUACCUCGUGAUUCCAUUCAAAGCAAGUCGGCAACAGGUUUUGCGUCUCCUACCCCUUCCGCGGCGGCUGGGAAAAAGGAUGGCACGAAUGAACGUCCUCUGUUAAAAGAUCCCGGAUAUGAAUAUCACGCCGAAUUCUCUCCCGAUAGUGAAUGGAUUAGCUUCACCAGUGAGCGUGACGGUGAUGGAAACUCCGAUAUCUGGCGUGUGCGUCCCGAUGGCUCCGAUCUACAGCCGAUUGUGACAUCCUCCGCGGCGGAAGACAGCGUUGUUAUCUCACCCAAUGGGACACUGGCAGCAUAUGUUUCAACAGCCAACACUUACACCGCUAACAUUUGGGUCAAGAAUUUGGAGACCGGCGCCGAGUGGAACAUCACCGAUACCCCGAAUAACAGGCCUGAUGAGGACAUGAUGCACGGUCACUUCCGUCCGGCUUGGUCGCCAGAUGGAAAUUGGCUUGCAUUUUCCUCAGACCGCAACAUAGGAUGGGAGGGCCACGGGAAUCUCACGUACCUCGGUCUCGCUGGCUGGGAGCACACCCAAGAACUCGGUAUUUACAUUAUUCGCCCUAAUGGCUCGGAUCUUCGCCGUGUCGCCCACCGUGAUUCCCAUUGUCUUGGGUCACCCAAAUGGUCACCCGAUGGCAAGCGCCUCAUAUUCUACGAAAUGACUCGUAAUGAAACGUGGGAUGCGCAUCGACCUGAGACUGUGGCAGAUGCCAACUCCACAAUUGUUUCUGUUGGGAUCAAGGGCAAUGACCGUCGAAUUGAGGUUGGCGGUCCUGGUGUCAAGACCUUUCCCCAAUACGUGACGAACUCUACCAUUGGGUACCAUCUGAAGGGCGGCAACAAGGAGGGCCUAUACCUUACAAACGGUACCUACUCCAAUACCACUAUCCGCUCUCCCUCAUGGUCUCCUGAUGGAAAGUACGUGGUUUAUGAGAAGGUUAAUUGGUCUAUCCGCUCUCUCUUUAAGGAGCUUUACAGCUGGGACACCGACUGGGAGUACCGCUUCACUGAUGUCUUCCCUCAACUCUCGUCGGAUGACCGCGUGGCUGUCACUGAAAAGCAAAUUGGGAACUCCUCCAUUGCCACUUUUGAUCUGGAGGACAGGCAGGUCUCUUUACUCUAUAAACCUGAUAAUACCAGUCUCCUCGACACUACUCUGAUUCAAGAUGGCCUGGCCGGGGCCUACAAUCCCAGCUGGUCCCCUGACGGCGAAUGGGUCGUCUUCGGAGUGGGCGCCUGGUUUGAGGCGCGUGAUUGGCGUGGAGGAUGGAUUGUACGUUCGACCGCAAACGGCAGCUACAUCGACGUACUCACCAACAGCAACCUCAACCUCACAGGAACAAAGGACCUGAACACCGGCUUUCCCAGCUUCUCUCACGACGGCAAGAAGGUUGUCUACCGCGUGUGGGGUGCAGACACCGCCAAGUAUGGCGACGAGACAGAAAUUGGUUUACGUAUUAUCGAUAUUGAGACUAGAGAGAUCACCCAGCUUACCAGCAGCUGGGACAACCUUCCGUCUUUCUCGCCCGAUGGAGAAUCUAUAGUCUUCACCCGUAAGGUUUCUCCGACUAACUAUGAAAUCUGCACCAUCCGACCCGACGGCAGUGAUUUCCGUAUUCUGACUUCCAGCGGCGCCAAUGACGCUCACGCUGUUUGGCGGCAGGAUGGAAAAAUCAUGUGGUCUUCCGGGAUGUACGGAUUCCAGUAUGAGUGCGCCUUGUACGACGAGACCUUCCAGCCCUAUGGUCAGAUUAUGAUCAUGGACUCCGAUGGAUCCAAUAAGCGUCCUCUGACCAACUCUAUCUGGGAAGAUUCUAUGCCGCUGUUCCUUCCGAAGGAUGGGUUUUAG